AUGGAUUCAAAUGUGGAGGAAACUGAGCUCGACGUCGGAUCCGCGAGCGACGAGCUCGAAUCCUCGAUCGCGGAAUCGAAGAUCACGCGACGACCGACACCGAAGCCGUUCACGAUCGAAAGUCUGAUCGGGAAUUGCGGGCCCCAGAAAGGAAUCUGCGAUCCAGCUACCCAGGAAGAACGAACGAACGAGAACGAGGAGGACUCGGACCGGGACAGGGAAUAUCUUUAUCAGAGGCAUUACCUGGCGACUGCGGCGGCGAACGCACUGCCUCCUGGAUUCGGUGUGCCCCUCGGCCUCUACGGAGCAUGGCUACCGAUGCGGAUGUACGGCAGCGGCGGGACUUCCGGUGUCCCGAUGCUACCCGCGCACACCUCGGCCAGCUACCCGUCCCAUCAGGAUCUUUAUCAGAGCCGAUUGUCGCAGCAUCUUGGCCCGGGGGCUAAUCAUCUCCAAGGGGCAGCUUAUCCGACCGGUUGUCAGCGUACACCGAAUCACCGUGGAUCGACUAGCUUCACCGACAGCGAGGACGACGGUAGCAUUGACUCGCCUGCUUCGCCCGUUCACGAUCUCUCGAAGUCACGACACGGUUCAGAGAAUGGUCGUGCGUCAGCGGAGAGCGAGGACGAAGGCGGAGGGUUGACCGUCGCUGGCGACGGCCAGGACGCAUCGGACGCUAUGUCCAGUAACGCGUGCAGCAACGUCAGUCCCGGUGGUUCCCUGGAGAACGGGCAGAGCAGUUCGGGGACCGGGUCCAGCAACAACAAGGCCAGACGCAGACGGACAGCGUUCACGUCCGAGCAGCUGUUGGAGCUGGAACGGGAGUUCCACGCGAAGAAGUAUCUCAGUCUCACGGAGAGGUCGCACAUCGCUCACGCUCUGAAGCUGUCGGAGGUGCAGGUGAAGAUCUGGUUCCAGAACCGUCGUGCCAAAUGGAAAAGGGUGAAGGCUGGAUUGAGCGGCGGCGGUGUUGGCUCUGGAGCAACCAGUAUGGCGGUCCCUGGAGCCUCCAGCAGACACAACGGCGCUACUGGACAGCAUUCUGGAAACGGUACUAGAAUCGUGGUGCCCAUUCCGGUGCACGUCAGCCGACUAGCGGUGAGGUCUCAUCAUCAUCAUUUGGAGAAAUGCGCCAGACCUCCUAGAAUCAGGCCAUCUAGUGAGAGUCCAGCAUCCACCACGUCCUCGUCGGUUCUUGGGGAUGCUCUAGGGCUGGUCAAUUCGUCCAUUAAUUUGUCUGGACAGGUGCAAGCACCGAUGAGCAGUGGUGUGGGAAUUGGUGUUGGUGUUGGGCUGAGAGCGUUCACAGUACCGUCUCAUCGGGGCGGGCUUAGCUCCUCUGGGAGGUAG